CAGAGGUGUGGAAUCGUCCAGAUUCUGUCCAUUUCUCCGGUUCUACGGUAGCGUGUCAGCGAACGGAAAAUAGGAAAGCAUAACGGGGGAUAACGAAAGUGCGCGAUCUUCUCGCGUUCCUCGACCGGGCGGUUGCUGUCAAUCAUCAUAUACGUCCCGAUCAUACUGUGUGUUCCCUGACAUUGACGAAAUUUUUUAUCAUCUCCUCAGUCUCGUUUGUGAUUUUUCGACAAUCUCGACCGAUCUUUGAUCGUACUCUUUCCUCGACUUUGGCAGGAAUCUUUUCACAUCACAAGCGCGAUCCGAUCAAAUGCGUUGACAUCUCCGCUUCUAGAGUCCCUCGAAGCGGAUCAGACCUCUUCCUUCCCUUUCCUCAUUCGUUCUUUCACAUCUUUUUCUUCCGCAAUCCUCAAAGCCUCGCCUGGUUCUCUGUCGUCACCGUCACACCGUGUGUGACGAUCGGGCGGGAAGUUUGCUAUUCGACUGUUUGCACGAGCGAAGCGAAAGAUAGGCGCGGUUACGAGGGAGAGGCAGAGGAAACCGCGGUGGAAGAGCAAGAAGCGGUGGUUGAGGAGAAAGAGGAAGAGGACUUGUAGCUAAGAAGAGGGGAAGGGGGAAGAUUGUGAUGGUCCGCGUGUGGGAGGAGUAGGAGGAUCCGGAGGGCGACUUUUCUUUUAUUUGAGCUUGACACUUCGCCGCGAGCGCGCACACACACCGGAAGUGUUAAGUGAGACAUCAAAUCCUCCUCUCCCUUUCUAUCUAACGCAUCGAGAAAUUGGGAAGAAAGCGACAGAAACGUACUGGCACUGGUGUUCAAAGGGCGAAAGAACGACGGGAUGUCACUGGAUCUUCGGAUAGAUUUUCGGCCGAGAAAGGUGUCGUGAUCCGCGACUUUGCGGUACAAAUCGGAUAAAGAAAUCUUCGCAAGAGAAACACCGUUCAGAGGCGAGCUAUGCUGAAGUCCUCCUCCAGCGCCGAAGAGAAUGCCAAAGACGAGAAUAGAGCCGGCGCAACAAAGACUUUAGUGAUAGUGACCUCAUCGUAUAUCUCGACGAAGUCUGGAGUACGCUAAAACUCUCCAUAUUUCGUUCAGAGAACAUCGACAGUAUUUCCCUUCCAAAGAUAAGUAUUAUCUAACAAUAUUGAGAAAAUUGCCUCGAAAAUUCUCGACCGUCAAACAACGUUCUCUCGUCAAUAAACGCAACGGAGAUCCUUAAUGAGAGAACGUACGCGUAAGUGGUGCAUCAAAGGAUAGCGAAGCGCCAUUACCAGACAAACAAGAAGUCACAAGAAGGAAGGUGAUUACAUGUUCGAGAACGAACCUCGUCAUCGAGCAAGCGUGCCGACGCAAUAAGCUGCCACGAGAGCUGCCGAGAGAUCGAGACGCAUACACGCUCGAUGAAUUGCCCGAUCGCCGCGGAAUAUUAUUGUCUCGGGGUAGUUUUCGAAACGAACCCUCGAAGCAGCGAAACUGGGAGUUCUCGAAUCGCACGGGACGUCAAAGGAGAAGCGCCGGUGCCCGGGGCGAGGUGGAGUCCUCGACGCGUGCCAGGCUGCUGAUCACAGGCACCGCAGCGAAAAGAGUAGGAGAGGGAUCGGAGAAUACAAGCAAAGAAAGAGAAAGGCAUACGAAGAGAGAAAAGAGAGAGAGAGAGAGAGAGAGAGAGAGAGAGAGAGAAACAGAGCAAAGAAGGGAGAAAGAGAGAGAGAGGGAGCAACUUGAGCAUCGUCUCGAACAAGGGGUCCUUCCGUUUCGGUGCUAGGGGUGUGCAGCCCUGGACGAAGGGUCGCACUCAACUCUUUUAAAGUGGGCAACCCGCGCAAAGAAGAGGAGACGUCCUCGGGGCGAUGACAGUAUGCCUCCGUCUCGUACAGGACGCGCAUACGAAAGACCGCCGUCCAGGAUCGCCACGAGAAUCGGCCCCGCUGUUGCCCUAUUGCUGAUUCUCUUCGAACAUCGUCGUGCAGUUAGCCUAAUGAGCAAUUCCGUGGAUGAUUGGGUGAGCGGCAGCGUCGUCUGUAAUGGCAUCCCGGGAUUGACGAAGGAGCAACGCGAGCUUUGCCAUAGAAAUCCCGAUGUUACCGUAGCCGCGACGAAGGGGCUACAAAUGGCAAUAUCCGAGUGUCAGCAUCAGUUCAUGUGGCACAGGUGGAAUUGCUCGUCCCUCACACCCAGCAGCAGAAUUCAACAGAGUAGCGUCCUACUUCAACGAGGUUACAGGGAGACGGCGUUUGCGUACGCGAUCUCGGCCGCUGGCGUAGCCCAUAGCGUGGCUCGUGCCUGUAGCAUGGGUCGCCUACUUUCCUGCGGCUGCGAUCCUUCGAGCUACAAGGGUAAAACGCCGGCGAAUGCCAGAGGCGUUCAAUGGAAGUGGGGUGGCUGCUCUCACAAUCUCGACUACGGCAUGGAGUUCUCGAGACAGUUCCUAGACACGCGGGAGAAAGCCGGCGACAUACAGUCUACGGUGAAUCUACACAAUAAUCAAGCCGGUCGUUUGGCAGUGGCGAGCAACAUGCAAGUACGCUGCAAGUGCCACGGCAUGUCCGGCUCGUGCGAGCUCAAGACCUGCUGGAGGGUCACACCGGACUUCCGGACGGUCGGCAAGACCCUGAAGGAACGUUUCCGGAGCGCUGUGCUGGUGACGCAGAGCAAUCUGGGCAGCGUGACGCCGUCGAUCAGAAUUCGAGGAUCGCGUCGGAGGCGGCUCGAUCGACAAAGGCAGAGGAAGCAUCGUGACGGCCGCAGGAGGAAACCCCGGAAUCUCGCUAAGCAGCUCUUCUACUAUCAAAAAUCGCCCAACUUUUGCGAACGGGACCCGACGGCCGACAUCGCCGGCACCGCCGGUCGUAGGUGCAACAAGACCAGCACCGGCGGUGACGGAUGCGCGAGUUUAUGCUGCGGCAGGGGCUACAACGUGGUACGACAACGUCGAACGGAGCGAUGCAAGUGCAAAUUUCACUGGUGCUGCUUCGUGCAAUGUCAGAAUUGCACGGUGGAGGAAUGGAUCACGGUUUGCAAAUAAGACGUAAGGGGGAAAACGAAAGGCGAAAGUCAAAGACUGAUACGGAUUUUUCUUUCUCUUUUCGUUUUUCGUGUCGAUAAAAUAUACGAUGAUAACGUCUCGCACGGUUCGAACGAUAAGAGAAGAAAUUUAACUCCGGGGAGUUGUCGUCCGAAGAAAUGCGCGCAGCGAGAUUAUUCGUUCGCGAGAAUCAAUCAAAGGAUCAAUGUAAGUCGGAGAGGAUUAAUAAUAUAGUUCUUAUUGAAAUCGGGAUUAUCAGGCAGAAAUUUCUCCCGGGCAAUCACAAUGUAAGAGCAGACCUCCCCCUGCUACUCUUCAAAUCUCUGCGAACGUAUUAGAAAGGUAAUAAUCUUUGUUAGUAAAAUUAAAUCGGAUUUCUACAGAAGAUGAGAAAUCUUUGAAUGAAAUAGUAAUUCGAUUUUCUACUUCAUUCGUCAUCAUUUAUAAUUACGCAAUCUUUAUUAUAAAGCAGCACGUUAAUCGCACUUUCGAGAUAUCGUUUUAACUCUCAUUACUGGAAAUAGAAUGGCACAGAUUUUGUAUGUUAUCGAAGAGUCAAAACUUAAAUUUCGAAUAAGUGUUUUUUAAUGUAACAAAAAACUGACUGACAGAAAUUGUACUCUACUUGACGCCCAUUACGGAAAUUAUACUUUAAUAUGCCAAUCAUCUACGAAUUAUACUAAGCAUCUCGGAGAAAUGUGGAUCAAUCGCAGAGAUAUAAUCGCAUUAGAAAAGAA